AUGGGUAGUGGAUCUACAAAAAUUUUAUCAUAUGAGGAAGCUUCAAAACGAUUUUUUCAAACUGAUUUAGAACGUAUUGAAAUAACAUUUCGGGAGUUAACAAAUGGAACAAAUGAACUUAGUUAUACAAAUUUUAAACGUGAUGUUUUUGCUAAUUUUUUACCUGAAAAAUUAGUUAAUCGUCUUUAUCAACUUUAUAUGAAUUCAUCUCGAACAGGAUUAUCUUAUAAAGAUCUUAUUUGUUGCUUGGGAUUGAUCUAUUAUGGUACACAAAAAGAACGCAUGCAACUUCUUUAUGCAAUAUUUACUCAAACAGGAAUAUUAUAUUGGUAUGAUGUUGAAGAAUUUCUUCGUCUAUGUGGUGAUCAAUUACCUAAAGAACUUGAAAAUUUUUUUCAAAAAAAUGAAAUAGUCACCCAAGAGAAAUUUCUUCAAUGGUUAGAACACAAUCAAGGUCAUACAACAACAAUAACAGAUUGGCUUAUGGAUGAACAACGUUUAUUUGAAUUAUUAACAUAUACAAACGAUAGAAUUUAUGAUCAAUAUUCCAUACUUGCCGGUGUUACACAUUGUACACAACAACAAAUAACACCACAAAUAUUUUCUAAUAUAAUAUCAUCGGUUCUUCCAUCUAUAUUAAUAUCGUCAGUUUUUGAAGCUUUCGAUGAAAAUCAAGAUGGAUGUAUUGAUUUCAAAGAAUUUGCUUGUGGAAUUAGUGCUGCUUGUCGUGGUCCACAAUGUGAAAGAUAUAAAUUUCUCUUUCGUGUAUUUGAUCGUGAUCACGAUGGUGUACUCAAUUAUUCUGAUAUUAUUUACAUGACAUCGUGCCUUAUUGAAAUUGCUCAAUUUGUUUAUGCAUCUGAUAUGCAUGUAAAAACUUCGCAUGAAUUAUAUGCUGAUAUGACUUCAGAAACAAAUCAAUCAAUAUUGAAACCAGAAGAUUUUUUACUAUGGUGCCAAAAAGAUAGAUUAAUUAUCGAAUUACUUGAUCUUAUUUUUCAAAUUUGUCAUGUUGUACUUGGUUUACGACCAUCAUCACAACAAGAUGAAUUAACUAUUGUAAAACAUUUUCUUCAACGUGAAAAAUAUCCACUUAAUGAAUCAGAAGUAGCAUAUAAUCGUGCAACAUCAAAACCUGGUGCAUCAUGGUUUCUUAUUUCAAUGGAUUGGUGGCUUAGAUGGGAAACAAUAUGUUCUUCGUCGAUUAUAAAUAGUAAUGAAUUAAAAAAUAAAAAAAUUUCAUCAAUUAAAUCGAAUAAAACUGAUAAUAAAAAUGAACAUGGUGAUAUUGAUAAUAGUUCAUUAAUAGAAAAAAUUAUUUCAAAUGAUUGUGUUCAACUUAAAACAAAUCUUCGUCGUGGAAUUCAUUUUGAAAUGAUACCUGAAUUAUUAUGGAUAUUUUUACGUAAAUAUUAUCGUUGUAAUGGACCUAUUGUAUGUCGAAAAGUAACAUAUAGAAAAAAUCUUAAUAAACCUGAACUUGAUCUCUAUCCGUUAACUAUAAAAAUUUAUCGUAAUCGAAUACUUUCAUCACAACAAAUGGAAGUAAUAGCAGCAAAUAAAAAUAAUAAUAACAAUAAUAAUAAUAAUAAUAAUUCAACACAUUUUGCUUAUCCAUUACUUAAUUAUGUUUCAGCAAGCAUGUUUGGUUCAACUAAUUCUUCAACUUCCAUGACAUCAAAUACACCUCGACAUCAUUUAGUUUGUUCAUAUUUUGUUAGUCAAUAUCAAACAGUUCGAUCACUUGCUGAAGAACUUUCAAUUAAAUUUGGAAAACCUUUCGAUGAAAUAAGAUUAUGGAUGAGAUUUAAUGAAAAUGAUCUUCGACAAAUAGAUUUUGAAUCUAUAGAUGAAAUAACAUGUCAAGAAGCAGGUUUUAAUCAAAACAGUGAAAUUUUAUUAGAAAUACGUAAUAAUGAUUUAACAUGGCCUGAAGAACUUUAUACAUUAGCAACACGUUCAAAAGCAUUAGCAGUAUCAACAUUAUCAAUAAAUAAUUCAAUAGGAAAUGUUGAUGAAGAAGGACGUGGUCAAAUAGGCCUAUCAAAUUUAGGCAAUACAUGUUUUCUUAAUGCUGCUGUACAAUGUCUUAGUCAUUCAUUUCCAUUAACAUUUUAUUUUCUUCAUAAAUAUCAUUUAUUUGAAAUAAAUAAAGAUAAUCCAAUUGGAAUGCAAGGAAAUAUAGCUUUAUGUUAUGGACAAUUGAUUGCUAAACUUUGGGGAAAUGUUCGUGGACCAUUAGCACCAUUUGAAUUAAGAGGUUCAGUUGCAAAAUUUGGUUCAUCACGUUUUACAGAUUUUCAACAACAUGAUUCACAAGAAUUUCUUUCAUUUUUACUUGAUGGUUUACAUGAAGAUCUUAAUCGUGUUCAUGAUAAACCAUAUGUUGAACUUAAAGAUAGUGAUGAUAGACCAGAUGAAGAUGUCGCAAAUGAACAUUGGUCCAAUCAUUUAGCACGAAAUUCAUCAAUUAUUGUUGAUUUAUUUCAUGGUUUACUUCGUUCACAAGUUAAAUGUCGAAUAUGUCAAUUAAAAAGUGUUCGAUUUGAUCCAUUUAAUAUUCUUUCAUUACCAUUACCGAUAGAUACGUCAGUUUACAUUGAAGUUAAACUUAUUCGUCUAAAUGGUUUAAAACCAAUUCGGUAUGGUAUUAAACUUGAUGGUGAAUUAACAGUUGAUCAUAUAAAAAAACAAUUAUCUAUCUUAUCAUCAUUAUCAAUUGAACAAAUUGGAUUUUUUGAUGUCACAAAUCCAUCAUAUCUUCGUCGUUAUACAUUAAUGGAUUCUAAUCAAACAAAAAUAAAACAAUUAAAUAUUCGUGAUUUUGUUGCAUAUGAAUUACCAUUAAUACAAUCUAUUGAUAAUAAUAAUAGUUUAUCAUCAAUAUCAUAUAUUAUAGCUCUACAUCGUCGAUUAGAACGUCAAGAACGUUAUUUAUCACCUUUAACACGUCAAAAAAUUUUAUUUUUUGGUCUACCAAUAAUUAUACCAUAUAAUGAAAAUGAUUCAAUAAAAAUAACAAAUAAAUAUAUAUAUGAAAAUAUAUCAAAACAAUUAGAACGUUUAUUAAGAAAGAAUUCUGAUUUAACAUCGAAAUCAAAUCAUGCACUUGAUUGUGAUGAUUCACUUGGUGAACGUUAUCCAUUUAUAUUAAAACAUGUUAAUGAAGAUGGAAAACGAUGUUCAAUUUGUCCAUGGAAUCGUUUUUGUAAUGGUUGUUCAUUUGAAUCGAAUAAUAAUGAAUUUUUACAUACACGUGGAAAUAUAGCUAUUGAAUGGGAAUCAUCUGCUUAUUAUCUUCGAUAUUUAUCUGGUCGGGAACAAGAUGUUGAAAUUCAUUCAAGUGUAAAAUCAUUUCGAGCAGGAAAUAGUACUGAUUCAAAUAAUGAUGAACCAUUAUCAAUAAUUACACUUGAAGAUUGUCUUGAAGCAUUUAUUAAUUGGGAAAAUCUUGAUCAUAAAGAAAUGUUCAAUUGUAAACGAUGUAAAAAAUUACAACCAGCUGAUAAAAAACUUGAUAUUUGGAAAUUACCACCAUGUUUGAUUUUCCAUAUAAAACGUUUUCAAUUAUCAAAUAAUCGUUGGAUAAAAUCGUCUCGUUCUGUUCGUUUUCCUAUUCGUUCAUUUCAUCCAUCAAAAUAUCUUCCUCCACGUUCAUCAAGUACUAGUUCAUUAUCAACUUCUUCUAUUGAAGAUAAUCUAAGUACUUCAUCAUCUUCAUUAUCAUCAAUAACAACAACAACAACAACAGAUAUUGUAUCAUCAUCUUCUGUUGACAAUAUUCUCAUAUCAUCUUCUUCGUGUUUGACUAAUGGAAAUAAUCUUCGUUCAAAGCAAAAUUAUUCUAAUAUAGGACUACCACCACCCGAAUCAUUAGAUGAAUUAGCAAAAAAACAGAAAACUGGAUUUGGUCGACGAAAACACAAAAAUGAAAUUCAAAAUGAUAAAUCUAAUAUUCCAUGUCCACCAAAAUUUGUACAAAUGAAUGAUCAAAUAGUUAAUUCAGCUGAUAAUAACUUCGAUGCUGAUAAUACUACUUAUAAUCUUUAUGCAUUCGUUUGUCAUUAUGGAGUCAUUGGUGGUGGUCAUUAUGUAGCAUUUGUUAAAAAUCAUAUCAAUCAACAAUGGUAUUGUUUUAAUGAUAGCUCGUGCAAGCCUGUUUCAGAAAGUUUUCUUGAACAAUGUUCAUCAUCAGCUUAUUUAUUAUUUUAUGAACGUGAAUGCCUUGAUCAUCGUUGUUAUAUGCCUAAUGUUGAAGGUAAAAAUCAAGUAGCUAAUGAACUUUCAUUAACUGGCGAUGAUCCUACCAUAUCUCAAGAAGGUGUUGCAUGGUUUCAAAAUUUAGCAGAAGUUGAUCCAUAUGGUAUUUUACCAUUAGGCUUUCUUAUACCUAGUCUUAUAGGAAUUAGUUUUAACUCAAUAGAAAAACCAGGUUUAGCAAAUCCACGAUUUAUAUCAGCUGGUAGAAUUCAACGUGGAAUUACUCGAACUAUAGUUAUUGGUUUUACUUUAAUUGCAUUUAAAUUACCCGCUGGUAUUGUUCUGUUUUGGACAUUAAAUAGUAUAUUACAACUUUCUCAAACAAUUAUUUUUGAAUUACCACGGAUACGUAACAUGUUAGGUCUUCAACCAUCUCGAUUUGGUUCUCAACCUGUUCGACUUCGAUGGACUAUAUGGACAAAUAAAUGGUCAUUUUUUUUUCGAACACUUAAAUGGUAUUCAAAAUUAUAA